GUCACUCAUUCAUAAACCGAACACAUCACUGUGGACUUGACCAUCGCGAGAUAUACACGGCUUGUGUUAUUUUUAUCUAAUAGUAUUACAGUUGGUGUUGUGUAGAAAUGAGUGGAAACUUUCUAACUAUUCCCGGCGACAGUCCGAUGCAAAGACGAUCACGGAGUUCAUCGUUAACAGAUUUAAUAUCAGCAUUCGACAACAAAGCGCAGGCGCACAGUGAGUUACAGAAAAUAACCGCUUUCAGUGGACAUUUUGACAAAAAUGCCAAACCAACAUUUUCUAAAGAUGAAUAUGGAAAGCCAAUCCCGGGUUCUAUGACAGAGUACAGGGGAGCAGAGGCACAAGCCAGAGUUUGUACAGAGAUGAAGGAGUUAUGUGAAAUUAUUCACGAGUAUGGUAAAUCUCCGUGCAAGAGUCUUCUCCCGCCUGAACUAAAGGAUGCCACUAAAGUUAUCUCGUUUGGAGAACUUUUCACAAUCUACACAGUAAUCUCUGACAAACUCGUCGGAAUCUUGCUGAGGACGAGGAAACAUCAAUUAACUUUCUUCGAGGGUGAAGUUCUAUUCCAGAAACGAGACGACGACGUCCCUGUGUUCCUAAUGCAGCCUAUCGACGACAUCAGGGAAUAUUGUAACAACAAAGCCUUACAAGCUAGGCGAUCAGUGUCACCAAUGCCUAAUUAAAUUCAAAAAAUAUAUAACAUAUAAAGAACUGCACCGACGCACGGAGCUCACUUAAAUAUUAGACCCUAUCUUUAUACACAAUAAGUUCAAAAUUGCUUGUUAUGUUUCUUAUAGAAUUAUGCCAACUAUUCACAUCUGUACCGUCGCUUUGAAAAAGGCCAAAGAAACUGAUAUUGUCACUAAGUCUGCUAAUAAUAAAAUAAGAAUAUGAUGUGAAGAUAAAUGCCAAGAAUGCGACGCGAUUUUGUCUGUUUAGCUCCAAUGGACUAAUGUACACUUUAUAUACUAACUAAACGUAAUAUCAGUUUUAUUAUGAAUAUAAUUAAAUAGUCUCUAAUAUGUUUUGCUUAAUGGGAAUUUAUUAUAGUUAACUAUUACGCUGCUAGCUAUUAUUGACUGAAUGCGAAUCCCUAAUAUAAGUUACGUGUAUAUUAUUUAGGUAGGUAUAAAUGCUGUAUUGUGUAUAAAUAUUUGUUUGACGAAAGGGAAUCUUACACGAAAAUUACAAUUUUGUUUCAAAAGUACUUUUUUAAAACAAGUAAUUUUAUUUGAAAGUAAAAAAAAACAAUUCGUGAAUGAUUUUUUUUAAAUUACAGUAGAAUAUCUUAAAUAUAAUUCGUUCAUAAUUAUAUUAUUAACAAUUCCGGUUCAACUCAUAUUAUUUAUGGCGGAAUAUUCGACGUAAUACACAUAGACAAGGCCUGCUCUGGCCUCAAGAUGACAAGGCUUAGACCUUAUUCUACUACGCUGCCCCAAUACAGGCUGGUGGAUACACGUAUGUUAAAAUUUUACCGAACACAAGAAUUUCUUCACGAUAUUUUCAUUCACCGACUAUUACGAGAAUUAUAAACACAAACUAAAUACAUGAAAACUCAGUGACGAUUAUCUAUGUUAGAACCCGCUAUUUUGAGUAAAAUGUUUUAGCCACUAUACCAUAAUAAUAAUAUAUAAGAACUUUCAGUCAAAUUAAAAUCUCAAUUUGAGAUAAACAUGAAUCAAAACUUAUUUGAUUAGUUAUCAUCAGGGAAGGAAUUUGGUAAGC